CGUUACAUGUGGUAUAUAUCUUGUUACCUGUAUAGUUUUUGGAGUGGCCCUACACGCGCGCCGAAUUUCUAAACUUGCCAUUUUGAUGUUGCAGACGCGGUGCAGCAGUUUGGCGGGGCGGCGGGCGGGCUGCCGCACCUGGGGCGGCUGCCGCCAGGCCACAGUGGUAGUGGCCGCUUACGGUGCGGCGGGGGCCGGGGGCCGCGCGCGCUUUGUGGAUGUGGAGGAGGGGAAGAAACUGCUGGACCAGAGUGGGUACAAGUUUCUUGACGUGAGGUCCAAGUCGGAGUACGAACGUGAGCAUUUGACCAAGCCGCCGCGUGCCUGCUUCAACGUGCCCCACCAGCCCGAAUCAGACUUCGCAGCUCGUGUAGCGAGGCAGCUGCCCAGCACGGCAACAAAGAUGCUUGUGGUCUGCUCGGAUGGCGGCGAGGCCUCCAGCCGCGCAGUGCAGCAGCUGGAGGCGGCGGGGUACAACGAGGCGUUGGGGGUGGAGGGAGGCUACCAGGCAUGGACCAAGGUCUUCACCACCAGCGGGCGCCGGCGGCCGCCCCCGGGCCGCUGGGUGUCUUCGGGCCGUGAGGCUCUCAAGAGCGGGCUCAAUAUCCCCGGCGUGGCGGAGAGCUACGACGAGGGAGGCAACCUGAUCAACGCCCGCUACGCCAAGGGCUACAAGAGCCCGCAGCAGCUGCAGGAGGAGCUGGAAAAGCUGUCAUCCGACCGCGCCGCCGCCGCCGCGGCGGCCACGGCUUCUUCGUCCUCGGCAGCAACCUCGUCUUCGUCCUUGUCCUCGGCAGCGUCCUCGUGGCGGCGGCCGCAGGAGCCGCAGCAGCUGGAGCAGCCGGCGCGAUCGCAGUCGCGGCAAGCGCAGCCGGCCGCGCAGACGCAGCGCCUGCGGGCGUCAUGGCGGGAGGCUCUGGCGGCGGAGGUGGAGGGCGGCGCGGACUCCGAUGGUGGGCAGGCGGAGGCUGCGGCCCCCAAGAAGUACAGCGCGUGGCGGUGAGGCGGCCUUGGCGUGCUGACGUGUCACGUGCCGCGACUGACAGGGCGCCACCUUCGCCCUUCGAGUUUGCCGGUUGCGUACCGGUCGAAAGCCAUGGGGGCAGGGUGCGGUGAGGCGUUUGAACUAUGUAAGGUUACAGGCAGACUUCGAGUCUUGUACGGCAUGAUGUGAGGGCGCCAGCGUUGAGCCGUGGAGGAAACAGGAGGUGUACCGUUGCGAUGCUGUGCUGGGAGCCGUGUGGCAGCUGGUCGUUCGAGCUGUUACGCGUCCGGGGUGAAGCAAUCCAAAGCAUGUGGCGCAACGUCGCAACGCGGAGUGCGGUACAUGCGCUCCCCGGCUACCGUUCAGGCCGGUCUGGCCGGACCGUUGUUUGUGCAAUGAAGCGUGUGGCCCCUUGAGUCUAAACACGCUGGCCCUGUGUACACCGGUUUAGUAGCAGCUGGCAGGAGUG